AUGGGCCGGGGCCUGCGAGCCUCGGGGCCGGGACGAUCGGGUAGCUCUCAACGGCCGCCUCCCGGGCUCCGGGGCGCAGCCAUGUUGGCUACGGCGGCGGCGGGACUGGAAGAGGAGGAGGAGACGGAGGAGGAGAAGGAGGAGGCGGAGGUGGGGACGGCGGCCGGGGCGCGCCCCGAGGCCUCGCAGCAGCCAGGCAUGCCCCCUCCAGCUCCGCCUCCGCGCCCACCGCCCCGCCGCACACUGCGAUCGCCGAGGGGGGAAAUGUCGCCGGGCGCCCGACGGCUCCGGCCCGGCUCCCCGAAGCUCCCACACCGCCGUCUGCACAGCCGCGGCCCGCCCCUCUGGCCUCUCUCCUCCCCGGCCCGCCUUCGGCCUGGAGGAGGUAGCAGGCAACUGAAGCACUGGGCGAAGGGGAAGGGUCCGGACCCCACUGGCCCUUAG